AUGCCUGUCGGCGAAGGAAAUAAGCGCAAUCUCAUCGUUGUCUCAAACCGUCUGCCGCUCUCGGUCAAACGCGCCGAAGAUGGAUCGUACCAGUCAAGUUUGUCGAGUGGUGGGCUGGUCACCUCGUUGUCGGGCCUUACCAAAACAACCAGUUUCCGAUGGUUUGGAUGGCCGGGGCUCAACCCCAAGGAGCCAGCGGAAAAGGAAGAGGUCCGGAGGAGUCUGGAGGCCCAUGAUGCAAUCCCAAUCUUCCUCGAUGAAGACCUUGCGCACGACCACUACAACGGCUUCUCAAACUCCAUCCUUUGGCCCAUCUUGCACUAUCAGUCAGGAGUAACGUUCAGCGAUGGACCUUGGGCUGCCUACCGCCGUGUCAAUGAAAUAUUCGCCGAUGAGAUUGCGGAAGCGGCUCAAUACGGAGACCUCAUCUGGGUGCACGAUUAUCACCUGAUGCUCCUUCCGCAGCUGCUGCGUGAGCGCCUGGCGAAGAAAGGAAAAGCAGCAGCCAUAGGGUUCUCAUUGCACACGCCCUUUCCAGCUCCAGAGGCGUUUCGCGCGCUUCCUGUUUGCAAGGAGAUUCUGGAAGGAAUGCUCUCCAGUACUCUUGUCGGAUUCCACACCGAUAACUACCGAAUCAACUUCAUCGCGAGCAGCCAGCAGAUAUUAGGCGCGCAGCCCCAGGAUAGCACGGUUCUAUACAAAGAUCGGCUGGUCAAGACGGAUAAAUUCGUGGUUGGAAUCGAUCCACAAAAGUUCGAAGAUACGCUCAAAAAGACAGAGGUCCAAGAGCGAAUCAAGGAAUUGAGCGAGCGAUACAAGGAUGUCAAGGUCAUCCUUGGCGUUGACAGGCUUGACUACAUCAAAGGUCUUGUCCAGAAGCUCCACGGAUUCGAGCAGUUUCUCAGCGACAAUCCGGAUUGGGUUGGGAAGGUUGUUCUCAUUCAGGUUGCUGUUCCUAGCAGAGAGGAUGUCAAAGAGUACCAAGAGCUGGAAACCGAAAUAAGCUGUACCGUUGGCAAGAUUAAUGGCAAAUUCAGCAAACCUGAGUCCACGCCCAUCAUAUACCUCCAUCGUUCCAUCCCGUUUACCGAGCUGACAGCUUUGUAUUCGAUUGCCGAUGUCUGUCUUCUGACCUCGACUCGAGAUGGAAUGAAUCUCGUAGCCUUCGAGUACGUUGCCUGCCAGGCCGCGAAACACGGGGUUCUUGUGCUUUCGCAAUUUACCGGUGCAGCAUCGUUCAUGGGACAGGGCAGCGUCAACUUUCAUCCCGCCAAUUUCAAGGAGAUUUCCGCAGCUGUACGUAAGGGACUCACCAUGUCAGAACAAGAGCGCAAGGAACGGUACGAAAAGCUCCGAGAUUUUAUAAAUACGAACACGAGGUAA